CCCCGCCCCGCCGCCGCCGCCGCCGCCGCGCACAGCCGCAGACACGGGCGGCCGCGCCGGCAGCCGGGGAUUACAGCGGGGCGAGGGCAGCGCGGGCUCGGCUUUUAUCCGACCCCCCACACCCCCCCGCCACCCCAGCCGCUCGCCACGCUGCUCGCUCGGCGGCUUUUCAUCUCCGGGGGCAGGAGGGAGAUGUCUUCGCCGUGGUUUUUCCACCCCCAGUCCUCUCCGUGCCGGGGGGGGCGGUGAUGUGGAGCCGGGAAUGUAGAGGAAAACCCUCCCCGGGAGGGAGCGACCAAAACAAACCUCUCGCCGUGGCUCCGGCGGCCGCGCAGCGCCCGGGGAAGCCCGAGCAGCCCCUGCCAGCGCCGGGGAAUCCCUCCUCCAGCCCCCGGCGGUGCCCCGGGCGCCCGCGGAGCAAGGAAUGGAGCUGUCUGUCUGAAGAGAACUCUGCCCAAAUAUUUGUAGUCUCCAAGCUCACUCUCCUGAAGACUGGUGUUACAACUGAAUCUUUUUCAGAAUGGCUGAGAAGGCUACACCAGGGAUCAACAAAAAAUCUUCAAGGUCUACCCUUUCCCUGCCUCCAGAACCAGUGGAGAUCAUUAGGAGCAAAGCCUGCUCACGGAGAGUUAAAAUAAAUGUUGGUGGGCUCAACCAUGAAGUGCUGUGGAGGACUUUGGACAGACUUCCAAGGACACGAUUAGGAAAGCUCAGAGACUGCAAUACUCAUGAAUCCCUGCUAGAAGUAUGUGAUGACUAUAAUCUAAAUGAAAAUGAAUAUUUUUUUGAUCGACACCCAGGGGCUUUCACUUCCAUUUUGAAUUUCUACAGGACAGGGAAACUACAUAUGAUGGAAGAAAUGUGUGCUCUUUCUUUUGGUCAGGAGCUUGAUUACUGGGGGAUUGAUGAGAUAUAUUUAGAAUCUUGCUGCCAGGCAAGAUACCAUCAAAAGAAAGAGCAGAUGAAUGAGGAGCUGAGGAGAGAGGCAGAGACAUUGCGAGAGAGAGAAGGGGAAGAGUUUGAUAAUACCUGCUGCCCAGAGAAAAGGAAGAAGCUCUGGGACUUGCUGGAGAAACCCAACUCAUCUGUGGCAGCAAAGAUUUUGGCCAUAGUGUCCAUUCUGUUCAUCGUACUGUCCACUAUUGCUUUGUCUCUUAACACACUACCAGAGCUUCAAGAAAUAGAUGAAUUUGGGCAGCCAAAUGACAACCCUCAGCUAGCACACGUUGAAGCUGUGUGUAUUGCUUGGUUUACCAUGGAGUACCUUUUGCGUUUUCUGUCCUCACCAAAUAAGUGGAAGUUCUUCAAAGGCCCGUUAAAUGUCAUUGACUUACUGGCUAUCUUGCCAUACUAUGUCACCAUUUUCCUCACAGAGUCCAAUAAAAGCGUCCUGCAGUUUCAAAAUGUCAGACGUGUGGUUCAGAUAUUUCGUAUUAUGAGGAUCCUAAGGAUUCUUAAACUCGCCAGACAUUCAACAGGCCUUCAGUCUUUAGGUUUUACACUCAGGCGGAGUUACAAUGAAUUGGGCUUGUUGAUACUAUUUUUAGCUAUGGGAAUAAUGAUAUUUUCAAGUCUCGUAUUCUUCGCUGAAAAAGAUGAAGAUGCUACAAAAUUUACCAGUAUCCCUGCAUCAUUCUGGUGGGCAACAAUCACUAUGACUACUGUAGGAUACGGUGACAUUUAUCCUAAGACUUUACUAGGUAAAAUAGUUGGAGGACUUUGCUGUAUUGCUGGAGUGCUGGUCAUAGCCCUGCCCAUACCAAUUAUUGUGAACAAUUUCUCAGAGUUUUAUAAAGAGCAGAAAAGACAGGAGAAGGCAAUUAAGAGGAGAGAAGCACUUGAGAGAGCUAAAAGAAAUGGCAGUAUUGUCUCCAUGAACCUGAAAGAUGCCUUUGCUCGCAGCAUGGAAAUGAUAGAUGUAGCAGUAGAUUCAGGUAAGCCUGGAGAAACAGUCAAUCCAAAGGAGACACCUGAUGACAACCACCUAUCCCCAAGCCGGUGGAAAUGGGCCAGAAGGACAAUAUCUGAAACAAGUUCAAACAAAUCUUAUGAGAACAAAUACCAAGAAGUUAGUCAACAAGACUCCCAUGAGCAAUUAAACAAUGCUGCAGCAUCCUCCAGCCCACAGCACCUCAGUGCCCAAAAACUGGAGAUGUUGUAUAAUGAAAUUACUAAAACUCAGUCUCAGCCUAAUCUUAAUGCUGGUUAUCAAGACCAGUCAGCAAAGCCACCUGUGUACGAAGAAGAAAUAGAAAUGGAAGAAGUUGUAGGUCAGAGAGACUCAUUGCCAGCUGGACCUAUGGACAUCAUAACGGACAUAAGAAGCACAUCCAGUAUCGACAGUUUUGCCAGUUGUGCGACUGACUUCACGGAAACGGAGAGGUCUCCCCUUUCUCUGUUUCCUGGCUCUCAUUUGCAAAUGAGAUUUCAAGCUGAUGCUGUUAACCUGGAAGACAACCAAAGAGUAAGGAGUUCUCAGUUUAUACCAUUCACGAAAGACCAAAUAUUUUCUCCAACCGAUGUCACCUUUGACUAUAAUCCAAUCAACAGAGCUGUUACUAGUGAUGGCAGUGGGUCCCAAACUGUUUUGCAUGGUCAUUUGCAUUUUGAUGCUUCCAUGGAAAGCCCCAAAAGUUCCCUGAAAGGUAGCAACCCAUUAAAAUCUAGAUCCCUUAAAGUUAAUUUUAAAGACAAUAGAGGCGGUGCUCCACAAACUCCACCGAGCACUGCAAGGCCACUGCCAGUAACAGCAGGAGCAGACUUCACACAGGGCACCCCUCAGCACAUCAGCACCAUUCUCCUAGAAGAAAAUUCACCCCAAAGCGAACGACCCUUACUUGGUGCUGACGCAUCAGCGCUUUGUCAGGGACCUGCUAAAAAGUCGUCCCCUCUCUUUCCCAAACAAAAGAUUUUCACUUUCCCUUCAAGAGAGAGGAGGAGCUUCACUGAAAUAGACACUGGAGAAGAAGAAGAGUUUAUGGAGUUACAUGGUAUAAAACAUGAAAAGCAGCAGGAUAUCAAGACAAAUUGCUGUGGGGAUAAACGCAGUGAUGGCAACCAUUUAACAGAAGAGCCACAGGUCAGCUCUUCACCCAAAAGCAUGAGCCACAACUGUACUCAAGACAUUUACCAUGCUGUGGGUGAGGUAAAGCAAGACAGUAACCAAGAAGGUCACAAAAUGGAAAACCAUUUAUUUGCCCCAGAAAUUCAUUCAAGUCCUGGAGAAACUGGUUACUGUCCCACACGUGAAACUAGCAUGUGACUAGUUUCAAAAGCAAUAAAAAUACCUUUUCUUAAAACACAGUUAGUAAUGCCUAUGAACUAAAACAUGAAAAGCCUCAAAAAAGUGCAUAAAAUGUUAUUUUUGCAUGGCAUGAAGAGUUGUUUAGUUUAAAUACUGUUUAAUUUAAAAAAAAGACUGCUUUUUGUAACAAACUGAAAAAAUGGGAAAAAAAUGACUCAAGAGCAGUAAAUAAAAUAAAGAGAGCUCUGUUAGGAGCCAGUGUUCUGCAACAUCUGACAUUUUUGAUCCUUUCACUUACAAUUGUAGACAGAUUUUGAACUCUUUUAACUUUUUUUUUUUCUUGGUUACAAUGAAUUUUAGAAUUUGCACAUGAAAGGGUGAAAUGUCAAUGCAUGCAUUCAUAAAGAUGUGAAACAAGGUGCUUUGAGCUUGCAAAACGCAUAUAUUUGUAAAUAGUUUGGGGUUGGGGGAAAGCUACUGUUAACAAGGAUUUAUGGAAAAAGCAUUUCCUGGGACACAGGUACUUCCUUCACAGCGUGCUGCCUGGAGGUUUUGUACAGACUUAUGUUGCAAAAUUGCAACUUCUACUUAAAGCAUCUCACAUAUCUUGCUUUCUGUUAAAAAGCUCAUGAGUAUAUUAAUUAAGGACUAUAGUAUUUUAGUUUAUCUGUGCUGUAAAUCAUGAUUUUUUAUCUGCAUAACUUUAGUUAUUGCAUUUGUCAGUUUAAUUCAUGAUCCUGUGAGGAAAAGCAAAGAUUUAAUGACCAGAUCUUGAAGCAUUUGAUAUUUUUAUAGAAAACUGCCAACAUUUCACAACAAAGAAAAAAAAUGUUCCAUUUUAAAAUAAAAACCCAGAGUUAUUUCUGUGGCAAUAAAUAGUGCCAAAUGGCUAUAUAGACACAUCCUAAACUUCUCAAUUGCUUAGAAUAUUUAUUUUAACUUGGUAUUAAAAGAAUAUUACCCACAUUCUUUGUUUCCUUUGCUUUAACAAUAUUUGCUUCUACAUGAUCUUUGAGCUCUCUUUCCAAUUUUCUUCACAUGGGUGCCCAUACUUCAAUAACGGCAAUGUUGUUGAAGCAGUUAUGGUGUAAGGACACGAGAGACAAGCUUUGUAGGGGGAAGCACUACCUUUUAUUAUCACAAAUCAUAUAGCUGGAAAAAGCAGGCUUCAAGUACAUGUGAUUUGGCCCAGGUCCUCCAUGCCCCGAAGCUUGUCUGUAUCUUUCAGUUCAAUCAUUUGGACUGACAGAAGGUAUCACCUGACUCACCGACUUUGCCCCAACUCAUCCUCCCACAGCUGUUCCAAAACGGAGUAUAGGCUUUUCCCUAUAACUAAAUAAAGGGAAAUGUCAAUCAUUCCAUCGACAACUGCCAAAGCAUCUUUGGUUUCUCUGAUAUGCUCCAGCUUUGUAGAAGAAAGAUGCUGAACUAAAGCCUUCAUUACAAAGUAUCAGUCUAAACACUGUCUGAAAAAAGCUAUCAUUUUUUUAUCCAGCAACAAUAGCUUCCUAUUCCGUAACAUAAAAAACCCCUAUAGAUUAAUUCCCUAAAUCAUGAAAAGUUUAUUCAGUCCAAUAAUCCAAAUCAUAAGCAAAGGUAUGCAUGCAGCUACACAGGCAUGUCCUACAAAAUGUUCUUUUUUCUUUUAGGAAAACAGAAUGCAGAUAUUUUUUUCCGUGCUGUGAUUUCUGCUGAAAUUGGGGUACUCCCUUACAACAGUUUUGUAAGAGCAACAGUCCAGCCUCAAAGCUAAUAGCAAGAGGGUCCAGCGCUUAAAAAUCUGAGGAGGCAUUUAGAAAUCGUAGCAUCCGUUCCCUGCUGCUCCAUGGGCUUGUUGAUGGAGAUGGGACUUCUCACUGCCCCAUACACAGCAGGGAGCAAAUGCUUCUUCCAGGUCAGUGUUGCAACAGCAAGCAUUGCGAAGACACUGAGACAGCAAGAAUGGAAGCCUUAAAAGCACUUUAGACCAACCAAAGCGUGGUGUGUAUCAGCAAGCUUGUACUUUCAAUAGUGGACCCAGGUUAAUUUUUACUUAUGUGUCAUUUUCUGUCAUUUAAAUGUCAAUUAAAAAUCAGGCAUCUAAUGCAUUUCAUGUAAAAAAGCAAGCAUUUUUUCUGCAGCAUUGCCCUCUGCUUGAAAUGGCUAGGCUGAUGCCACAGACCUCACUUGAGCCUGGCUCAUAGAAAAGAGGCAAGUUUGAAAAGCUCAAAAAUAUGGGUUCUGGUGGCUGGGCCAAAUACAAGCACAGAACAAUCCUUUGUUUUUGUUUUUGUAUUUAAAAAGUUUUUCUAUAUUUCCAUAAGUUUUCUGAUUUCUAUAACAAGGUAAUGUUGAGGUGUCUCAUCAGUCAUUUGAAAAACUGGAAUAUAACAUUAUUCUUUCCAAACAAUGUCUGGUCAUUAAUUCUCAAAAUAAAUAUGGAUAUUUUUUUUGUCCUUAGUUGCAGUUCAUUGCAACUUGUUGCUGCAUUCAGUUUUACCUAUUUAUAUGGCAUUCUGCUUAACAUUUUUCAAUCAUGGUAUGUCUCACUGUUCCAAAACUUAGCUCUUAGAGUAUUUUAUAGUCAUUAAUCUUCUAUAUUUAUUUUUUAGUUCCUAGAUAUUUUCAGUGACUAAAACUUAAUGCCAGUCAAUUUUUAUAUGCCUAAAAUGUUGGUCUGUAUUUUCUAUGUGCAGUUUUAUGAAAUCACAUGGGCCUGUUCGAUCUGCCUUUACAUCCUAGUGAACUAAUGAAGACCAAAUUAAGUCCAAAUGGGACCUGAUCCCAUGCUCCGGAUCCACAGAAAAUUCCCGUUCUAGAUAAUGAUGUGGUUCUGGCAAGAAUGAGGUCUGUGUCAUGUUCCUUCUGUGUGCUUUUUCUCCCAGGUGAACCUUAUGCUUUGGAAAAGCCCCCUCAGAUCUGUGCCACUUGGUGGAAAGGGAGGGAACAUACUGCAGGAGCAAAGAUUUGAUUCCUUAAGCUCUCCUGAGCUGAACGUUAUACGAAUCUGAUUCCACCCAAUUAAAAUCACUAAAAAUUCAAUAGUGGUAAAAUCAAGGCCUCAAAUCCUUGUGCAGAUGAAUUUCCCCUGAAACCAAUGCGACUCUGACGGAAAAAGGGACUGACGGAAAUAUAAAUGAGGAUGGCAAGAGUCUCUCCCUCUCUUGAUGAAAAUCAACAGGAGCUUUAACUGUAUAAAUCAGAUGAGGAGACCAGGCCCUUACUGAGUGCAGUAUUUUAAAUUUUUUCAGAGGAGCACAUUUAUUUUUAAAUUGUACAAGCAAAAGAAAUGCAAUUCUCUUUACUAACAGAUGUAUUUUUUUGAAAUCUUGAAAGCAAAAGGAUCAAGCUUUAGAAGUGCUUUUGGUAUAAUAUCAUUAUAUAAUUUUGACUAUGCUGAAUAUUAUUUCCAGAAGCACAGGUUGAGAUAUUUGGUUUUCCCAGUCUUGACUGCAUACACGGGAUACACUCCUGAAUGCCUAGCUCAUGUGUAAUUCCUGAUUAAAACAUUUCCUUCAGCAGUUGCAUGACUGGACCUAGCUUUCAUUCCAGUAGAGCAGGUGUAAGAAGUGCAGUCCAGGAUCACUUCAUUCAUCCUGAAUUGCUAUGUAGCAAAUUAUGCAAAAUUACCUGAGUAUAUUUUUCUGUUUUUCUUAAGCUUUAAAGCCAUUUCAGACUUACUACCCAUUCACCACAGUAACGGGAUGGUUGUUUUUAAGUUCUGGAGUCAGUCUCCAACUGUUGUGGAAUUUCAAGACAAUUUAAGGAGUGUUAGGAUGAAGUGACUCCUCUGUGCCCCUGAAAGGGGUCUGACUCUUUGUAUCGCUGGAAAACAAGAUUGUUCAGGGAGAUAGCUUGCAAUCAAUCUAUUUUUUAUAUUUUAUACUAACUGCAGGAUCCUGAGUCAAAGUUUUAAUUCCUUUUCAAUGAUGAUACCAAAUGUACACAUUUAAAAGAUGUUCACAGAAUGAUCGAACAAUUUUUGAGUAAAUAAUCAGGUUAAUCCAAAUCUAGGGUGGGGGGAAUAAUAUAUCGCACAAACUGCAAAGGAAGUUCACACAGGAAAGCUGUUUACAGCGAAAGCAUAUAACGUAAAGAAUGUAACAUGGUAUAGGAAGUUAUUGCACUACAGAAUUUAUAUAAAAUACACUUUUUUAAAUAAAAACACAAAAGGCCUUUUAAUGUAUAGAACAUAGGAGCCUCUGUGCUAAUGCACCAAUCUAAUGCACUGUGUCCUCACUUCAAAAUUGGUCUCAAAAUUCAAACAUAAAUGAUGUUAGAGAGGUGAUAUCUGAUCUAACACUAGAGCAACUGACUUGAAGAGCUUUUUAGCACAAUAUUAUGUAAACAAAUGUGCAUACAGAAAAUUGUAUUUUUGCCUAUAAUGUACAUAAAUCAAAAUGACCAUUGGCUUCUUCAGUCUUUUUCUAACAGGUAACACCUGGCAACUUGAAGAACAACUAGUUAUUUUAAACAUAGGUCUUUUUCUUCUAUAUGUAGACUAAACUUCUGUUUCCUUAGAUCUGUUUGAAAAAAUGUUUACCCUGAAUUAUUUAAUUAAUUCCUUCAACCUCAUCUCUCAACCUCAGUCCAGUACAAAAGCCAGUUGUCUUCUUCAAGCCCUAUUGCAAAUACAGUCAGCCUGGUAAAAAUGUCCAGGGCCUACCUGACUGGGGAUUUUUUCCAUUCAUAUAAUUUUUUAAUCAUUUGGAUAGAAAACAAAGUUUAACAUUUUGAUCAUGCAAAACAUAUUUUAAAAGCAAAAAAAUGCAAGAAAUGUGUUUUUUUUCAAAGUAACCAGCACAGAUCAAGCAAGAAAUGCAAAUACAGCAAAGGGGGAAGAAAGACAGAAAACUGUAAGUAAACAAGGCAUGUUUUAAUACACUAUAUAAACAAGAGGUAUAAUAAAACAUAUAUAAAAUAGUCCUUGUUCACACUUAAUGAAGUAAAAAUGCCAGUAGCAGAAGAUUUAAUUCCAGUCCUACGCCAUCUUAAUUUUUAUCCUAGAACCAACGGGUCUCUACUGAAGUUUCCAGUGAUAUUAUUACCUACUCACCUGCUACAUGAACACCUGAUCUGUAAUCGUUUUUCAGAAGACUUCCCUGAAAAAUAAGACACUGUGUGUUCUUAUCUUUGUUGAUCUUUGGAUCCCUUCUCGUUGCCUUCCAAAUACCAACUUCCUUUUCUUCUCAGGAGCAAUCAGAAGGCAAGCCACCAAACAGAAUGAUAGGUGUGUCUUGUUUAUCAGGAAAGCAUUUUGGUAGCCCAGUGCAAAUGUCCAGAUGGAUUCUAUUGCAUUUGAAUCAAGGAGCAAGAACUGAGUGUCAUUUCUCUGUUAUUGUUGCAGCUGUACCAUCUCACAGCUUCAUGUGUUUUCUAGUUUUAAAAAGCUCAGCUCCUCCAGGGUCCAUCUCAACCUGCAAGAUGUUUCAGUGCAUUUGUUCAGUGCUUUUGCAAAAUGCUUUUGUAAAAGCAGUUGACUGCUAAAUGUUAAGAGAGCUAUCAGAAUAAGUGCAAAUAUUUGUCUCUUGUCCAAUACAUUUUUAUUAUUUAGUGGUACUCAGUUUAAACUCCAGCUGAAAUGCUUUUAUAUUCUAAAAUAGAUCAGGUGUUCUGGGAGCCAAAUCCUUUGCAGCUACUCUAUCCGUUUCCUUAAUGAAGAAAGGUUAGGUCACUGGCAGGCAGAGACAAAAUUGUUUGCAUUGUGUGAUGGUUUCUUGUUCAGUAAUAAUACACCACGUGACAUCUCCAGGCAGAGUAACAUACUUGUCUUUGUAUUUGUUCUGUUGCAGGUUUAAAUAAUAUUUUUUGAAAAUGUUGUGUUACGAUGUUUAAGAAGUAUUACCCUUCAGUACAGUGGAGAUUUCUUCCAAAAGAGCAGUGAUACCUUAUAGUCCUAUACUACUAUGGAUUACUGUUUAAUUUUCGGACACCUAACACAGAUCCAGAUGGAUCCGAUUGUAGAACAAGGAAGUAGCACACAAAUAUUAUUGCUCUUUUUAAUCAAAAGUAGCCAAACAACAUGCUAUUAGCUAACACUUAAUUCAAAAAGAUAAGAUUAUCCUAAUUAUGUCUAUGAACCAAACAGUAUGGUGACAUGUUGUUACAUUAGACAUUGUAGUCCUGUGGUUAAUGUAAACCCUGAAUCUAAAAGCAGUCUGGGUAACUAAUUUCAUUAGGGUGAUUUUUUACCUCAAAUGAGUAUUUAAAUACAUAUCUAACAUCAGCAGGAGUAACAUAUACUUCUAAAUCUGGAAGUCUAUGGCUAUAUCUAUGCUGGCACCUUAGUGGAAAUUAGGAGAGCUCUCCUGACGUGAAUCUCUCAGCUGUCCCUGCUUCUCAUGCUUUGGUUCACAUCAUGGAGAAAUCCUGGACCAUGCAAACUGGAUUACUUUUAGAUGAAGCUGAGCCAGAAAACUUGUUCCAUGAGGGCACCUCCUGUGCUGCAACCAGUACGACUCACUAUGGCCUCAGUACCAGAGUACAGCUAAUCCUAAAUAGUACCCCUGAUACACAUAGUGUAAAUGGUCAGCACAAACCAUUUUCCUCAACAAAUCAGCUUCUAUGAUGUUGUAGUACUUGCUAAUGCAGAUGUACACUAUCUCCACCAUGGGUUUUACCUCCAGUCCAUGUAGUAUUGGCUAAAUCCCUUACUCAUGCAAAUUUUGCCACUGUGCUCAGUAGUAUUGUACAAAAAAAGCAAUAUAUAGCCACAGAUUAAAUUGUCCCCAGUGUGUUCUCCAACUUAACCCACAUGGAAGCAUCUAAACAAUAAAUUCUUGAUAACCCUUGGAUAGUUGUUGUUUGCAGUUUGGACCACACUCUUAAAUACUGCAUAUUUCUAUAGUCAAUUUACCUUAAAGUUGGUGUUACAGUUGAUUAAGACAGUACAGACAGCACUAGAUCAACUCUCACUUCAAAAUCAUUAAAUCAGUGAAAUGAUUAAACUGACUGCAAGCAGCCCUAUUUCACUUAACAGUAACUCUUAGUUUAAACUGGUAUAAAUAAAAGGAAAUGGCUGUGCAAAUGGCUAAACAGUGAUGGAGGAUCAGAAGACCAGCUUGAGUAUUUUGUGCUGAUUUACCAUGUCUAGAUAUCUUUCCAUUUGGUUCAUCAGUUGAAAUUUAUUUAAAUUUUUUGUGUGUGUGCACACACUAGUAGGGUUUUGAUUGUAUGCUUAGUUGCUCUGAUAUCUAGGACAUAUCUUGUAAAAGGUAAUGCAAGAAACAAAAAGCCUAUUCCUUAUGUUACUUUUUCUAACGAUUUCCAGAUGAAGGACAUAUGUCUUACACUGAUAUGUAAGUUUUUGCUCUAAGUUUUGCUCAGAUAGCACCUCUCAGUGGAGGUUCAGAAAAUGAAACAUUUAUGCUUGUUCUUGAAGUCCUUAAGCAGAACGCCAAUGGGAAUUCUGCCUGAAACUGAAGGAUGGAGCAAUAUAUUACAGCUUUUGGCAAAAGAACAGUUUCUAACACAUAUUACAAAAUGAAAAAAAGAAAAAAACACUGUUGGGGACAAUCAUGGGUACUUCUGCUAGGAUGCAGAGUUCUGGAUUUAUACCUCUAAAUUUUCAAAGAGUUAUGCAGAGUUUUACCUAUAUAACGCUUUCAAAAGUCAAAGGAGCCAUGCUGAUAAGCUGAAACAUGGAGGGAUUAGUGUACAAAGAACCUGAGUUGAAUACAUAGCCUAUUGCUUUAAGAUCACUGUAAAUAUCAACUAAAAAUAUGUACUAAUUCAUGUUUAUAAGUUAUUACUGUGUUAGUUUCAUAGAUACGGUAGCAUGACUAUUAUUAGUUUUAUUGAGUUUAAUGAACUUUACUUUGUAUUCCUCUGUGAAUGCUCUGAAUGCUGCAAACAAAAAAAGCACAACCGUAUUUUUUCAAGUUCUCUUGGCGCAAUAGCAGUGUCUUCACUAUUGUUCAAUUUUACAGGAUUAGCAACAUUCAUCAUAAAUUGCUAUAUUAAUAUCUUUCUUUAAAAGAACUGUCACUAGGAGAUAAAAGCAUAUGUGAUAAGUCUCGUCUAAUCUCAUUCAUCUGCCUUUACAAAAUGCCCCAGACAUUUUGUGGGAGAAUAUGCUGCUUUUGCUUCAUGCGUUGUUUGUAUUUGGGGGUGGGGCAGGGGAAUAAUAGGGCAUUUUGCAAUGGUAAUUGCAUCAAUCAUGCUUUUUUUCAUUAUUAUUGUAUUUGUUAGAAACAUUUUGAUUUAAUUUCUUUUUGUAGAUAAGAAUGUUUGACAAUAGCUUUAUUUUAUCUGCUAACCAUCUGAUUCCAUUAGACAAAUAACUUCUCACAUUUAGUGGUAUUCGUAUCAGUGUCUCCAUAUCAGCUGCAUUUUAACUUCCUAAAAAAGGAAAUGUGAUUAUUAUUUUUGUCGUAUUAGAUUUUGGUGAUCAACUAAAUAUUUCUGCACCAAUCUACAUAUUAAUAUGCAUGUUGUAGUCUGUACAAUUGUUCAACAUCAAAAUAUCUGUUUAAUUUAUGUCAAAUGUCUGUAAAAUAAAUGCAUUGUUCUCCAUUUCAGUCUGAUAGAAUAAGCAGGAUAGUAAA